UGCGGAUUGCGCUGGUGGUGGUGGUGGUGGUGGUGGUUGGGCGUGCGUGUGCCGGUGAUGUUGUGUCGCGUCAAUUAGCUGUACGCUGAAUGGGCCGAUGGUGGACGUCGCCCGGCCGGCAAACCAGGGCUUGGCUCUAGCGCGGGUGCUCGGCGCGCGCUUCGCCGAUGGUGUUGUGGUGCGAGAUUUCUUGCCCGUCCCCCCCUCCGCGCUCUUGCUGCGCGCUUUGCACGACAUUGCAGCCAUGGCCGACGAGCAGAGACCUAGCAAGAUGCAGAAGCGCGAGCAUAGCCCCCAGCUCCAGGAGGCGUCGUUUGCGCCCUCUGAGGCUGCCGGCACCGCCAAUGCCCCGCCAAACGGCGAUCAGCAACAACAACAACAGCCCUCCACUGCGGCCAACACCAGCACGACGACCACGGCCGAAGCAGACGACGACAACGACGUGAAUGCGCAGCCCGCCGCCGCUGCCGCUGCCGCCGACGCCAGCCCCGCAAACCCCACCAAUAUGAAGCUGGACGAGAGCGGGAAGCCCAUGUCCAAGUCGGCGAUGAAGAAGCUGCGACGGCAACAAGAGUGGGAAGCCGGGCGCGAGGAGCGCAAGGUGCAGCGGCGCGAGAAGGCCAAAGCCGCGCGCACGCGCAAGCGCGAAGAGUACCAAGCCGCGCGGGCAGCGAACCCGAACGAGGCGGGCGCAAACCCGCUGCCCACGCAGCGGCAGCGCGAGAAGGCCGAGCGCACGCGCAACCAGCGCGCCAAGCAGCUGCCCGUCACCUUCAUCUUCGACUGCAGCUUCGACGACCUCAUGAUGGACAAGGAGAUGAAGAGCUUGGGCAGCCAGAUCACCCGCUGCUACUCUGACAAUAGGAACGCAGAGUUCCGCGCUCAUCUCGCUAUCAGCAGUUUUGGUGGGAAGCUGAAGGACCGCUUUGAUGGUCUGCUCAAUAAACACUAUCUAAACUGGAAGGGCUUCCGCGUGUUUGAGGAGGACUUUAUGGACGUGGCGGAGAAGGCAAAGGUGUGGAUGAGGGAGCCGCGGGGAGGGGAGAUUGCGGGGGCUCUGGCAGUGUGUGCGAAGAAGCGGGAGGCUGGACAGGAUACUGCCAUGGGGGGCACGGAAGAGAAGGAGCAGCAGCAGCAGUCGACGGAACAGCAGGUGGAGCAGCAGGCAGAGCAGCCCGCGGAGCAACAGCCGGCAGAGCAGCAGCAGCAGCAGCAGCCGGCCGAGCAAGAGGGCGAGGUCAUCUAUCUCUCGUCCGAAGGCACCGAGACGCUCACGGAGCUCAAGCCCUACAGCACGUACAUUGUCGGCGGGCUGGUGGACAAGAACCGCUACAAGGGCAUCUGCCACAAGCGGGCGACGGAGCGCGGGGUCAAGACGGCCAAGCUGCCAAUUGGCGAGUUCCUGCAGAUGAACAGCCGGGCGGUGCUGGCGACGAACCACGUCAACGAGAUCAUGGUGGAGUGGCUCAAGUGCGGCGACUGGGGCGAGGCGUUCAUGAAGGUGAUUCCGAAGCGCAAGGGCGGUCAGCUGAGAAGUACGGGGGAGGAAGAGGAGGCAGCGGAAGGGGAGGAGGAAGAAGAGGGCUCGGCCGAGACGGUGGAGGACAAGGGUAAGCCAUAAGAUAUCAGAUGAUAGAGUUGACACGAUCAUUGCCACAUGUGAAGACGCU